AUGCUUCGACAUACACGAUGGUUCACUCCCUCUCGACUCUAUUCUACCAAACCAUCGGAAGCUUAUUAUGCGUUAGUAAGUCGUGGGGAUUUAACUCUCGAUACAAAGCAAGCAGCUCUCACUCGUCGGUACUUUGAUCCAUUGUAUUUUCGUUUAAAUAAUUACAAGAUCCCAACGAAUCCCGACGUUAAAGAAUUAAGACAUGAACAAGCAAUUACAAUUCCACGAGGUCUUUACAUUCACGGAGGCGUGGGAACUGGCAAAUCGAUGUUGCUUGAUCUUUUCUAUCGCUGUGCUAAUGUACAACGUAAGCGUCGUGUGCAUUUUAACACAUUUAUGCUUGAGGUACAAGCACGUUUAAAUGACGAGAAAAAGAAACAUUUAGACCUUUAUGGUCGACAGAGACACAUUCAAUUGGACAAAACACAUGAUGUGAUUUAUCAAGUGGCACACAUUAUUGCUGAAGAAUGUCAUUUUUUAUGUUUUGAUGAAUUUCAAGUUACAAAUGUAGCUGAUGCUUUGAUUAUGCGAAAACUCUUUGGUGUCAUGUUUGAGCGUGGUAUUGUUAUGGUUGCUACAUCAAAUACCGCUCCAAAGGAUUUAUACAAGGAAGGCACAAAUCGAGACUAUUUUCUACCUUUUUUAAAUCAAUUAAAUCGACAUACAAGAAUCGUAUCGAUGGAGUCAAAUGUUGACUAUCGAUUCCUUUACGAACCUGUUAAUCGCGACGAAACUUUUUUGUCUCCUUUAACGAUGACAAUAGCAGAAAAAAUGGAUGCAAUAUAUCAAAAAUUACUCAUAUCAAGUGAUCAAGACAGUGUGAAGAAAGAGUUUAAUCAACAAAACAAGAAUUUGCGUGUUCCAGUUAUGCUUGGACGUAUUCUUACGAUUCAAGGUUGUGUUAAAAGUGGUGUUUGUCGUGUAUCUUUUCGUCAAUUAUGUGAUACGGAAAAAGGAGCAGCUGACUAUAAAGCAAUAGCAGAGUGUUUUCAUACUUUAGUGCUUGACAAUGUACCAAUUUUAAACAUGGCACAACAUGAUCAAGUACGGCGAUUCAUUCUCCUUAUUGAUGAAUUAUAUGAACAUCGAACGCGACUAAUUCUCUCAUCAGAAGCUGCUGAUCCGAAUGGAAUAUUUCAAUUUGAUGAUAAAAGUGUUUUGAACGCAUCUAAUGAUGAAAAUGAUUCCAAUACUAUGGAGAAUGAAACACACAAUGUGAACAAAGAGAAUGGAAUUGUGGAUGGGCCUAUUACCUCUAGUGGUACCCAUGAAUUUGGAGAAUAUCAUGUUGGGAGUCUCGUUGCUUUAAAAGAUUUGAAAAUUGCGUUUCAAAGGACUGUAUCACGAUUGCGCGAGAUGCAAAGUGCACAUUACUUAGAAGAAAAUGUUCAUUGGCGCUCAAUACGAACAAAACGUCGCGAAAUUGUUCAGAUCAUUGACGAAUGCAGCUAG